UUUGUUCCGUACUCCGAUGGCGUCGACCUCCAAGUUGUCUAGGCAGUUGAACAGGAUUGCUUUGUCGUGGCCGUACGACGCAUUUCGGCCUAACCUACAGCUGAAGACCUUUCUCUCUUCGUUGUCGACGCAUCCGAACCUAACAGCGGACGCUGUUGAGGCCGCACGCGCUCUGAGCAAUAAUGAAGUCCAGAAACAGUACCCGCUUCCUGUGAAACUCCUGAAACCGGCCUCUAUGCCGCAGCACUACAACAGACUUGUCGAGGCUUUCGAAAAGAGUGCCCAGGGUAUCGGCCGUCCCUGGUGGAAAGUCUUCUUUGGUGUCUGGUGAAGGCUCGCCCGCACAAACUGCCUCGGGCGGAAGGAUCAUACCCACUUGUAACCUUCAGUUCGGCUUGUCGCUUCGUUACCUCACUCGCAAGUAGUUCCUUACAGUACUGUCGGGGCAUCUCCAUCUUUUUCCUUCGUGGUGUCUUUGAAUCUAGGCCAGGGAGUGAGCAGCGACAGAUCCUGCCGUUGGCAAUUCAUCG